AGUCCAGCUUAAAAUUGUCGAGAGCUAAGGAUGAGAAAGAUAUAUAGGCCUAGGGGUACAAAAGAAAUAUUGGAUGUCUCAGAUAUUUUCUUCACACACGAAUAGAUUCGUCAUAUUGCGUAGGAUCACUUAGUUGAUACAUGCAUGCGCCUAAAGAGUCUCAUGGUGCUGCAAUGAAGCAGUGUCUGAGAUAGUUUCAAUGAGCCACAAGUCUUGGAUUAACAUUUGGAUGCUCCAUUCGAAGUUACAAAGCUGAUUGGGUACAAUGAUAUCAGCCAUAACAUUGAUCUAGAUGAUGGAAAAAAUACAACUGGACAUAUUUUCUAUCUCGGUGAAUCACCAAUCACUUGGUGCUCACAAAAACAAGAUACAGUCGCAUUGUCAUCGUGUGAGGUUGAUUUAUGGCAAGACCGAAGCAGCAAGACAAACAAUAUGGCUUCAAGAUAUACUUGGUGAAGUGAUUGGAUCAUCGUGUGAAGGGGUCGUGGUUAAGAAUUGAUAAUAUAUCAGCUAUUUCUCUAACAAAGAACCCGGUCUUCCAUGGUUGAAGUAAACUCAUACAUACAAGAUAUCACUUCAUAAGGGAAUGCGUUUUGAGAAUGGACAAGUGGAAGUCGAACAUGUUCCUGGUGGCAAGCAAAAUGCGGACGUUUUAACGAAGACACAUGGAAGGAUCAUGUUCAAGGAGAUGAGAGAUCUCAUUGGGAUUCAAGAUGUGUCAAAAGAUUUUUCAAGCUUAAGAUUAAUAGAGAGAAUGUUGGUUUAAGCUUAAAUGGAUUAGGAGAAGAAAAUGUCUAAUACCUAAUAAGAUUAGAAAUAUUUAGAUUACUAUAUAACGAGAUGACAAGUUGUAGCAUAACUUAUGAAUUUUAGAAAUUGUGUCUGAGAAUUUAAGUUUUGAAUUAUUUUCUUAAGCCAAUAAAAAGAGUUAUUCUUUGUACUUGAUCUUAUAAAAUCAUUGAAUUCAACAGACACAUCAAAAUAUUUGUGUAAGAUCAUUGUGAUUUUAACUUUAUAUAUUAAAGUUGAUGGAUACUACUUUCUACUGAUAUAACUAAAAUAAUUAAAACUUUAAAUGUGAAAAACAUUAACAUGCAAAAACUUUGUCAAAAACGAAAACAAAAAAUACAUUAACUUAUAAAGUGGGAUAGGCUUGAAAUCCUUUGGAAAAUAGAAAGGACUUGCACAGUUAAGAAAGAACUGAAAUGUUAUAGACGCCGGGCAUUAACAAGUAUUGGCGACAUUUGCACUAACUGGUUGUCUCAUUGAUAAAAGACGUCCCGGCUUCUAGUUGGAAAAUCACAAUCAUGCCAUAUAAUUUAUAUAUUAUUCUAUACUUAUUCGUUGUUAAAAAGGUAUAUGACGUUUUAGAAAAAAAUAUAUAUUCCAAAUUAGGAAGAAUUCAAUUUUAAUGAAUAAAUUUUAUGUUAUAUGACAUUUUAUAUUUUACUUUAUUGAUUGAAUAGCGUUAAAAUAGAUAAUUAAUAAUUUUUUGGUUCAAAAAUAAAUUAAAUGUUUUUAAAUUUAUGUGCAUGAUCCUAAACAUCAUCUAUUAGAAAAUGGAUAGUGUAUAUAACAUAUUAAUUAGAAAUGAUGCAAACAUCUUUUAAAUAGUGACAUUGUUCAAACAUCAAAAGCCAACCUACCACAAGACCCAUUGUAACCGUUGAGCAACCUUAAAUCUCAGUAAUGUUUCUCUUGUUCUUAUCCUAGCAUCUCCUCUGAUCAUACUACCAGUAUUGUUUCUUUCUUUUCUUAAAACACACACAAAAGUAGAUAGGAUUGUUGCAUGGACUGGAGACUCAAGCCGGCUAAAGCUUGGUCCAUGGACCCCAGAGGUCUCACCCGUUCAAUCACCGGUCAUCAUGGUUCGAUAUUACAGCUACACCUCUGUCUCCUACUCUUCUCUGGCCACACUUCGGCUCAAGCCACUGAUGGCGAUUCAGAUAUGUAUGGAGAAAGCUUGUUGGAUCCAAACAUGGUAAUACUCAUGAUUGUCCUAGUCAGCGUUUUCUUCACCCUCGGGUUUUUCUCCAUAUGUAUCCGUAAGUGGCUCGAGCGAGUCACUGGAAUGAACAACGCAAACUCCGUCGGCGCGGGCGGUAACAGGUUUUCUCUAAGCCGCCCACAGGCGCGUGGAAUCGACGCAUCAGUCAUUGAGACUUUUCCUACGUUCCGAUACUCAACGGUGAAGAUGCUCACGAUCAGCAAAGAGGCCCUUGAGUGUCCUAUUUGCUUAAACGAGUUUGAAGACGAGGAAACGCUGCGUUUGAUUCCUAAAUGUUGCCACGUGUUUCAUCCUGAUUGUGUAGAUGCUUGGUUCCAGUCUCACGCCACAUGUCCUCUUUGCCGCGCCAAUCUCGUCCCCGUACUGGGAGAGUCGGUUGUUUCUAUCCAGAUACCCGGUUUAGCUGAUGGUGCUCCUCGUUCUGAAUUAACCGGUGAUCGGACUACGGUUUUGGGUUCUCCGGAUGCAAGAUUGAUUGAUUCAGUGGCGUUGACAUGUAACCAGAGUAUGCCACGUAGGUCAAUGUCUACCGGAUGGAAUUUAGCCGGGAUUUUCACCAAUUCCGGAUGGACCGGUCAACAUGAGGAGAAUCUCGACCGGUUCACGCUUAGGUUACCGCGAGACAUUCACAAUAAGCUCGUGGACCCAAGCUUUUCAAAAUGCCACGUGACGUUUCCUCAGAUGAUGAGUUCAGCCAGAGGGUACAGAACCGGAAACCUAGAGACAGAUGCAAACUAUUUCUACUAUGAACGGUUCGACCAAGAUGAUCGGUUUGACCAAGAUGAUCGGUUUGACCAAGAUGGUCGGUUAGACCGUAGACCAUUCUCCAUAACUCCUCCGUACCGGACAUGUUCGAUAAAAUCACCGUUCGAUUGGUUGUGUCUUGAAAAGAACAAUAUCGGUGAACGUUCGUCCGAUCACCUUCGCUCCGGCCAUGAUAGCCCAUCUGUAGACCAAGUCGUGUAAUUGGUUAUUUGAGGAAGUCUCUCUAUAUAUAUAUAUAUUAUUUUUUCUGAAUUCUUCAUUUUCAGUUUUAAACUUUUAAUGUUGCCGAACGAGAUCCGCUCUUUGUUUUUUGUUUUGUUCUUUCCUUGGCCGAAUACAUAAUAAAAUCAUUUCGUCAGGAAAUAAAAUACAAAGCAAAAUUAGUAUGUGGUCUAAUCACUAAGGGUUUAUAAGAAGAUUAUCUUUGGAAGAGGCAAUGUCAUUCUUUAUAUAAGCUAUACAAUUGUUCUUGGCUACUUUAAUAACGUGCUCAGCAAGAAUGAGUUGAAUCUCAAGUUUGAAGGUCUCACUGAUACAAUUCAGGAUUGUAAACAAGUCUUUGAUGCAGCAAGUGCUGAUGUGCUAGCAAAACAACCAAAAUCUUGAAACGUACGAGGGUGUUCCAUUGUUAUCCCAAUUUUCUUAAACAUUAUGUCAGUGUUGACAAAUGAGUUAUAGUCUCCGAUUGGGGUUUAACUUUAACUUUGUUGAAAUUCUAAUUGAGUUUUAAAACCAUUUUUAUUUCACUCCACUCUAAAGGCUUAAAAUAUUGUUAAAGAAAAUUCAAAACCAAAAUAACGAAUUUUACUCUUAACAUGAUUUCUUUUUCUUAAAGCCAGUAAUUCAUUACUUUUACUAUUUCUACAAAAAUGUUUAUUAUUUAGCAGUUAAUCAUCUCCAGGUGAAUCAAAACUCAUCCUCUGUUCUCAUUAUGAAUCUUGAUCGACUAAUUACUCACGGCUUUGUAAUCUCAAAUUUGGGACAGUGUAUCACUAAAAUAUUAUCACACUAAUUUAUCAAAUUACUGUUAGAAUCAUAUCUUAUGUUACAGCAUUCAUCCGCUAUUCAUAAAUAUUAUUUUGGUAUAAUUAAAAACAAAAAGAAAACAAUACAUUAGGUAUAAUAGUGUAGAUAAAAGGGAAAAUAGUGUUAACAAUGUUGACGGCUGCAGCUAACGAGUUUGAUAUGUGACCGCAUUCAAUUUUAAGCUACUGAUGAUUCUUGUACAGAAGCAUAUGGUAUGGGGACUACCUUUGUCACCACUCAAAUCUUCUCCGCCUCUGUCCUUGAGGGUCCGAUCUGCUCUCUAUCGACCUUCAUUUCAUUGCCCAAUUCUCCGCUUUGAGAAGAUUUUUUCAUCUGUUCAUUUUUGGAUCCGAAAACACGCACCACCACAACAUCGUCCAUGAUGAAUGGUUAUAGGAUUAGCGGGGACCAUCUUCUUCUUUCGCUUGAACACCCCAAAGUCAUCUUAUCUCUUUAAGGAAGAAGGCAGAAGGCAGUGGCAUCUUUUCCUAAUGUGCACAAAAGUAAAUACGUAACACGUGACAUUUUUAGGGUUUUCAGAAUUAUGGACUCUAAUUAGGCUUUAAUAAUUUAAGUAGAAGCAUUUCUACAGCAGUAAAUAUAUUGUCCCUUAAUUUGUUUGUUUCUUGAUAUUUAUAUUAGAUAUAAAUAAAAUAUAUAAUAUCCCCGUACUAAAUUUUGACAUAAAAUUCUUAUUUAACAUAAAAUUGUUGUAAAAAUAUUUAAUCAAAAUCAUUAUUAUUAAAAUAUAAUAAUGAUGUUGUUUUGUUAAAAAAAGUGCUUGCUGCUCUCUUCUUUGAACGAGCCAAGAUUCUGUGGAAUUCUCUUGUCCUCUUCAGCAGCUUCUUCCUUCUUCGAUGUUUCUUUUUUCUUCGUUGACGCUGUUUUAGUUUCCGUUACUUUUGGUGGGUAAUGCUCUUCUGGUGUUACUUCAGGCUGAACCGCGGCGGUUACUGAAUUUUCCGGUGAAUUAGUCUCGGUAGCUUUCUCUAGAGUUUCAGUUUCAGUCGCCAAUACUUGAUGAGU